AUGAACGCCCAAGCAAAGAACAACGAUUGGUUACCUCAUCUUCAGCUUGACAGAGGAGAUGAACUGAGGUUGCUAGGUGGGCAAUGGCUCUAUGACACACACAUUUCAGCUGCACAACGUCUACUAAGGGAUCAGUUUCCUACAAUUGAUGGACUAAAUUCUCCUCUGGUGGGAAUGUCUCCUGGGGGAUUUACAGCAGCCACAAACGGUGCCGUUCAGAUACACAACAACGAACAGCAUCAUUGGCUCACCUCCACUGCAGGAGUUAUAGAAAGCUGUGCCCAUGUAUACGUAUAUGACAGUCUGUCAUCGGGUAGUCUAGGACGUGCCCUUCGUAGGCAGCUUGUUGAUAUGUACAGGCUUCUGGCUGACAAGGAUGGCAAAAUUGAUGUAGCCAUCAAAGCAGUGCAGCAGCAGUUACGUGGGGAGGGAAACUGUGGCCCCUUUGCUGUGGCUUUUGCUACAGCAUUGUGUCAUGGAAUUGAUCCCAGUACUGUAUCUUUCUCUGAGCGUUCUCUAAGAAAACACCUGCACUUCUGUUUUCAGUCAGGUACUCUCACUUGCUUUCCUCAAGUUAGCCGUACAACAAGAUCUACUGAAGUAAAGACGGCAAUCAACAUCCAUUGUCUGUGCUACUUGCACCUUCCUGGGAAGCAAAUGGUCCAGUGUGAUGACUGUGAGAACUGGUAUCACCUGGACUGCGUUAGUUCAUCUUCAAACGGUGUGGCGAGUGCGGCCAAAAUUUCCCAACAACCAACUUGGCACUGUCGAGAGUGCACAAAGAGACAGAACUAA